UUCCUCCCCCAUACCCUAAUAAGCUCCCAAUCUCACUUCAGAUUGGAGUCGCAAACAACGCACAUACACCAGCCAUGGCGACGCGCCACCUCCUCAAGCUCUCUCGCCGCUCUCACCGAGCUCUAGCAGCCGCCACCAUCACCACCAGAUCCGCUUCAACCGCCACCGCCGUUUCCAGCGUCUCCGACACUCCAACACCAGCGCCACCACAUCCCAAUCAAAUGAUCUACGAUCGCGUCGCGGAACAAGUCAAAUCGAAGCUCAAGCGAUUGGAAAAUCCCGACCCUAGGUUCCUCAAACACAACUCCCCAUACCCUACGCUAAUCGAUCACACAUCUAUCCUCACCUACCCCGAGACACGUGUCACCACUUUUCCUAACGGUCUCCGAGUCGCCACCGAGUCUAACCUCGCAUCCAAGACGGCCACCGUCGGUGUAUGGAUCGAUGCAGGCUCUCGGUUUGAGACCGAAGACAACAACGGUGUUGCUCAUUUUCUUGAGCAUAUGAUAUUUAAGGGGACAGCUAAGAGGUCGGUUAGGGCUUUGGAGGAGGAAAUUGAGAAUAUGGGAGGGCAUUUGAAUGCGUAUACUUCGAGGGAACAAACGACUUAUUACUCCAAAGUGAUGGGAGAAGACGUGCCUAAGGCUCUAGAUAUUCUAUCGGACAUAUUGCAGAACUCGUCUUUUGACGAAAGACUGAUUAACCGUGAGCGUGACGUGAUUCUUCGCGAGAUGGAAGAGGUGGGAUUGCAGACCGAGGAAGUAAUUUUUGAUCAUUUGCAUGCUACUGCUUUCCAGUACACUCCCCUUGGUAGGACCAUUCUUGGACCUGCUGAGAACAUCCAGAAGAUAACAAAGAAGGAUAUUCAAGAUUACAUUUCAACCCACUAUGCUGCACACAGAAUGGUAAUUUCUGCCUCUGGAGCUGUUAAGCAUGAGGAUGUCGUAGAGCAUGUGAAGAAGAUGUUCACAAAGUUAUCUGCCAAUCCCAUCACUACAACACAGUUGGUAGAAAAGGAGCCUGCAGUAUUCACUGGAUCAGAGGUCCGUAUGAGGGAUGAUGAUUUGCCUCUUGCUCAAUUUGCCGUUGCCUUUAAUGGGGCAUCAUGGACGGAUCCAGAUUCUAUUGCUUUGAUGGUCAUACAAGCCAUGCUUGGAUCAUGGAACAAAAAUGCAGGAGGUGGCAAACAUAUGGGCUCACAGCUUGCUCAGAUGGUGGGAAUUAAUGAACUUGCUGAGAGCAUGAUGGCUUUCAACACCAACUAUAAAGACACUGGGCUAUUUGGUGUCUAUGCUGUUGCUAAGCCGGAUUGCUUGGAUGAUUUGUCUUUUGCAAUAAUGCAAGAGAUAAGCAAACUAUGUUACCGAGUCGGGGAGGAUGAUGUCAUUCGUGCUCAAAAUCAGCUUAAAUCUUCAUUGCUUCUCCACCUGGAUGGAACCAGCCCUAUUGCUGAAGACAUUGGACGGCAGUUGAUUACAUAUGGGCGUAGAAUCCCAUUUGCUGAGUUAUUUGCCCGAAUUGAUGCAGUUGAUGCUGCCACCAUCAAACGUGUGGCUAACAAAUUCAUAUUUGACCAGGACAUAGCUAUAGCAGCAUCAGGGCCAGUGAAGCUAUUGCCGGACUACAAUUGGUUCCGACGUCGUACUUACAUGCUCCGCUACUAGGCUCUUUGUUUUGUUUUCUAUUUAUAUCCAUUUUUAGCAUGAGGCAUGCUUCCUUAGAUACCCAUUUGUAUGGGUGGGUAUGAUUCGUUUCCAUGCGAGAAUAAAUAGGGCGUUUUCUGCAGUGCUUCUAUCUUGUACAAUCUAUACAACCAAAUGUAUACUUGACUUGUAUUUGGGGUUUGUUUUUAUCAUGUUUUGUCUGAAGGGAUGGUGUUCUGUGUUUUUUAGAAGAAUAUAUAAUCGGAAAAUACUCACGCUUCUCAUC